AUGUACGCCGCGCAUCAUCGUGUGGCGCCGCUGCGCCGUGGGGGUGCCGCGGCGGAGCGUCACUGCGCCACCACCCCGUGCGACUCAUUUGCCACCACGCCAAUGGGGACGCAGGCGGAUAUUCACACGCAGCGCAGCACCCAACUGCGCCGCGGCGCGGCCUCGUGUAACGCCGCGGCUGCGGCAGGCGUCUACUCGCUACCGGCGACGCUUCGGCGGUCGUGGCUGGCGCCUCCGCCCACCACAGAGCCGUCGCGGGGCUCACAGAUGUCGAUGCACGCGGCGCCCACACCGACGACGAGUGCGGCGCCGCUCACGCAGCUGCAGGUGGGCGAUGCUGCCUCUCUGCAGGCCACACUCUCGCAGACGUCACAGCAUCACAAAGAGGCAGCGUCGGCGCUUCUUGCCCUGGUGCAGUCUAUGCAGCAGCAGGAAAAGCAUCUGGCUGCCAGCUCGCAGAGCCUCUCUCACAUCCCUGCCCUGGUGGACACCCAGCAGGCCCAGGUGACGGCGCUGCAUGGCCUCACCGCCGAGGUGCGCGCCAUGGCGGCAGCGAUUCGUGAUGCGGCGUCAAUUCUACAAGAGGUGCAAAGUGUGGGGGCACCUCCCACGCCUCGACGUCACUCCGUUCACAAACAACCCCGCUUGCAGAAGUCGGCGGCGGCUUCUUCUGCCCGCUUUGGACUCGUGCUUGGCGCUGACUCCCCAUCCAUGACGCCGUGCACGUGGGAGGUGGAGGAAGAGGCGGCUGGGGUGGCCGACAAGGGAGAGGCGGCGUACGCCUGUCAGUCGCAACGGCCGCAGUUCAUGCUGCGAGGCACAGCAGGGUGUGCGGCGGCGUCGGAAUUCGUUGAGGACGAUGUCUUCUCCAUGUGA